AUGGCAUUGACCAGGGUCAGAUUCAAAGUCCACGGGACUGUCCAGGGCGUCAGUUUCCGAGCAUUCACCCAGAAAAGAGCGAUAGAAUACGGCGUAACUGGCUGGGUGCAGAACAGCCGCGAUGGCAGGGUCGAAGGCGAAAUUCAAGGCGAACCCGAGCUCGUCCAGAAACUACUCAAAGACGUCGACAAGGGACCCCGGCACGCGCAGGUCGUAAAACUCGAAAAGACGGAUAUUGAGACACAAGAAGAUGAAAUAUCUUUCGAGAUUCGACGAUAG